GUCCCCAGUUUCGAUUGGAUCUCCAACUAUAUGAAAAUUUCCUGGCUCAUCCUGUCAAAAAACAGCUUCUAAGCAACUGGAUGUUUUAAUGGCGGAAGAAAGAGGGGAAUUCCAAUAGGAAAAGGAAUAUCUGCCACGAGUAUGGAAGGAGAAGAUGAGGGCAGAACGAUAUUGGUGUCAGGAAUCCCAACUGAUUUCCGUUUGGAAGCCAUUCAGUCUUAUUUUGAGAACAAGAGUAGAUCAAGUGGAGGACCUAUUAAAGGAAAGCCAGAACGGAUCCAAGAUUCUGAGGAAGUUAUUAUCACUUUUGAAUCGGAAAAAGAUGCAGAAAAUGUUGUCCAAAGGAAGGUCCAUAAUGUAAGCAAACAUAAACUUCAUGUGGACUGGUAUAAAAAUCUAGUCUGGCAAGAAGAUGCAGUGAUUGUGUCAAAUGGCCCCAAAGACAUGUCGGAAAAAAUGUUAAUUGAUUUUUUGGAAAAGACAGGAAAAUUGGAUAUUGUAUAUGUUUCCCCUGGAAGAAAAGCUGGAACUUUUCUUGUGUAUUGCCAAAAUGAAAUUGGUAAGUUUCUUCAAGUUUAAUUUGUUUUGAAAAAG